CAGUGAGCAGCAAAGGGAAAACUAGAAUCAAAGAAAAUAAAAAAAUACAAAAACAGUUUAUGAACAAUACCCUUAAAAUAGCAACAAGAACCUCACAAUACACAACAACAACAACAACAACAACAACAACGACAAAGGCUGGCUUCGUGUUAACAGUAAGCAGCUUCAGUUCAAUAUGAUAAAACCGGUGUUAAUUAACGUCUUUUGCAUUGGUGCUUUUCUGUGCGGUUUAUCAGCACAAUUUUACUUUCCCAAUGAGGAUGCUGAUGUGCCCAAUUUUGGACGUUGUAUCACACCGAACCGCGAGCGCGCCCUCUGCAUCAUUCUGGACGAUUGCAAAUACUUGUUCAACUUGCUACUUACAACCCCGCUUCAGGAUUCAGAUCGACUAUAUUUGAGCCGUAGUCAGUGUGGCUACCAAAAUGGCAAAGUUUUGAUUUGUUGUCCUGAUCGUUACCGAAAUUUCAUUAAAAUACCUUCGACUGCAUCUACCACCCAGUCACCACCUGUUACGCCUAGUAAUCUGCUGCCACAGCCAGGCCAGUGCGGCAGUGUCUUGUCGAAUCGCAUAUACGGUGGUAACGCGACGAAAAUUGACGAAUUCCCCUGGAUGGCACUGAUCGAGUACACAAAACCUGGCGGUAGAAAAGGACAUCAUUGUGGCGGUUCGCUCAUCAAUUCACGCUACGUUAUCACAGCAUCACAUUGCGUCAACGGCAAAGCAAUCCCUAAAGAUUGGCAGCUGACCGGUGUACGUCUUGGCGAAUGGGAUACAACCACCAAUCCUGAUUGUGAGAUUGAUGUACGUGGCGAACAGGAUUGCGCACCUCCGUAUGUUGAUGUGGUAGUAGAGAACGCAAUUUCACAUCCACAAUAUAAUCCAGACUCCAGAAGUCAAGUUAACGACCUCGCAUUGUUGCGACUCAAUAGAAAUGUACAAUAUACAGACUUCAUUCGUCCAAUUUGUCUGCCGGUGGGGGCCAAUCUACGUUCGGCUACUUUCGAUGGCAUUGUCAUGGACGUAGCUGGUUGGGGCAAAACGGAGAAGGAAUCGACUAGCACACUGAAAUUGAAAGCAGAGGUGGCCGGUGUACCACUGAGCAAAUGCGGAGAAAAGUAUGCAACCGAAAAUAUUCGGCUAGAAUCAACACAGAUAUGCGCUGGUGGAAAAGAGGGAGUGGAUUCAUGCCGCGGCGACUCUGGCGGACCGUUGGUUAGCUUAGAUAAUGCAAAGAAAGCAUUAUCGUACUACUUUUUAGCGGGUGUAGUAUCUUUCGGACCAACUCCCUGCGGCCUGGAGGGUUGGCCUGGUGUCUAUACCAGAGUUGGCGAUUUUAUGGAUUGGAUUCAAGCCACAAUUCAGCCGUAAGCAGUCAACUGAAUGAUACUUAAUAUAGUAUACAUACGCAUAUUUUUAAUUAGAGUUUAUUUUAAUUUGACAACAUAAAUAAUUUUAUUUUAUAUUUAGAUUCUUAAUAAUA